AUGGAGAAUAUACCAACGCCGGUUUUGGCACAACUUCCCACAAAAAAAGCGACAAACUUGUUGGUUCAAAGGGCACGCAGACAAAAUGCUGUUUUUCCUGCGGUCCCGCAAAAUAUUAAUGAACUUGAAAUCCCUGAUCGGUACCAAAAUUAUCAAAGGACAGACGAACUUUACGACCAAUUUCUUCUAGCUGAUUCUGGCGUUUAUACUGAAAAUAAUGAUCCAAGACAACAUAGAAUCCUCAUAUUUGGUCGUAUGUCAUCUGGGGAGUGGUCAGAACAAAUGGAACAUGUUUUUGUUGAUGGGAGCUUUAGCGUUACUCCCCCUUUAUUCUAUCAAAUUUUUUGUGUGCUUGCAAGGUUGGUUGAUGUUAGUUUGCUGUAG